AUGGUUCCUCCUGGUGGUUCUAAAGCAGGCUCUUCGUCAAACAAACACAAGAAUUCUUUGCAAGGCGGAAAGCAGCUUGCAGCGGUCGCACAAGCGGCACAGAAAAGGGCAUUUUUGAAGCAGAAAGCCUCAGCUGCUCCAGCGGCCUCAACCCUUGCUGCGACCAUUGCUGCCGCUAUCACCUCUCCGGCUGCUGUGAACCCUCCCAUUCAAACCCCUCCUGUUGUUUCUCAGCCCAUUGAUCCCUCGCCUUCUACAUCCUUGCCUCAACAGCAAACGGCGGCGGCUAGCAAAGAGUCGGACUCGAGGGGGCAACCAGAACCCGCGAUUCCACAAAACAAUGCCUCCAAGCAGCCUGAGAUUAAGGAAGGUCGCCAGGAGCGUCUGCCUGGAGAUUCUCUUGCAAGCAAUCUACAGAUGCCACCUUUCCCAUUGGGGUCGACAUCGCUGCCAGUGGAGGAUAAGCGAGCGCAACAAUACGCAUCAAGUUCAGCUGCGAGUGCAGCCCGAGCUCAGUAUCACGAGCAGCCAUAUGCAUCGACCUCCAGUGAACGCCAGGCGCAACACCCCAGCCACUCGUACGCUUCGACUUCCGGCAAGGGCAAGGCACGCGAACAAGCACCCACUCUACCUGAUGUGCCACCCAUGCAUUCAGAUUCCUCCGGCCUUUCCCAGUUUCUUGACGCGAUAAAUAUUCAAGUGCAACAUCCCCCAUCGUCUUCACAUUUUCCGACUUGCUCGGCCGAGGUGCCUCCGCAAGAUUUUGGCGAGCUACCAGAUUCUUGGGAGGAAUAUGUGUCACAACCUUAUUCGUCUUCAGAGCUUGAUGCCUAUUACAACGAACUUUUGGCGCAGUUGCAAUCCGAGUCUCCGGCGUCAUUUCCUCCCACUGAGCCCCCCUCUUUGACACAGGGCCAACCUAUCCCAUCUUCUGUGAAUGUCGGUUUGGGACAGAUGCCAUCGUUUACGCAGUCGAACCCCAAUCCUAUGCUCGACCUCUCUCAAUUUCUUGAAGCGUUACCUGGCGCUCCUUUGGCGCAACAGCAUCCCCAUCCAUCUAGUGCCUCUCAGCCCCCUUUCUCGUCGCAGGCUCAAUUCUCAUCCCACUCUGAUUAUUAUCAGUCAUCAUUUUCGACACCCAGUCAAUAUACACCAUCGGCCAUGGGGAAUGUUGGUUUGGAUGGGGACUGUGCCAUGGACUGCGACGAUGACAUUUUCUUGGAGAGUGACGGUUUAGGUGAAGACAUCGCCAUGGACACCGAUGAUCAAGGUCCCCCACACGAACCCCCAUUGCAUCAUCCCUCUGGGGUCAGGGCGCCUUCUUAUACUACACCGACUGCGCCUAUCGAAACCCCGGCACAUAUUUAUAACUCGCCACUGGCCCAACCCCCGAGUUUUAUUCCAGCAUCUUACCAACCUCCAACCGAAUCCUUGCGCCAACCCCCGACAUUUGUGCAAAAUCCACCUUACAACAGAUCGAUAUUCGAGCAAGAUGCACCCCACUGCGAACCGACGUUCAUGCAGGAAACACCUUUUCGCAGAAGUGACCCUGAGCUUCCGAAGACACCUAGUAUAAUGGACCAAUGCAAUAGUUGGUUGCCGCAAGCAGUGGUUUCGCCAUGCGAUUCGGGAAUUCCCUACACACCUCAGGCGUUUGCGCAACCACCGUCUGCUAGACCGACAUCCUUGCCACCUGCACCAACCCUAUCUACAUACUGGCGUCAAGCUCCGAAAGCGCGUGCUGAGCCUCUGAGAAAUUCCACGAACCGCGCUGCGAUGAUUAGCUCUUUACGUGCAACGCGUUUCGUUAAGGAUAUUCGUCAGUCUGCUUCCGAGCAACCGACGAGGUCAAAGUGGGUUGAAAUCAAUCAAGACUACGAAAUACAGGAGGCUCAAAAACGUCGAUAUUUUGGUUCUUCCAUGGAACCCCCGUUCCAACAAGAACCAGCUUCACCAGAUAGUGUCGCGUCUUCCACACUAUCCAAUUCAAAGCCAGAACGCGGCGUUCGACCACUUCCUUCUCUCUCUCGCACAGAAACUCCCCUGAAAUUUUACCCGAUUACUGAAUACAACCCUUUCUCCACGACACCUCCGCCAGCACUCCGAUAUUAUUCAGGAGUCUACGAUCCGACGCCCGUUAGUGCUUUUUUGUAUCGAUCGGGGCAACGACGCAAGCGCGACGACGAGGACUCAUUUGAGGACGCAGAAGGGCUAGAGAAUGGACGGGAUCACUCGAAACGGUUCAAGGCAUCUCAGGAGUCAGACACGCAGCACGCUAAGCCACAGAAGAAGCGUCGCAUGCCUGGCCACUUCCCUCUGGAGUCCGCAACCUCUGAUAAACCCGAUCGGAAGACUUCGUGGCGCAGGGAUACCACGAACUGUGGUUUCUGUGAUGCCAUACCUGUAGUAGGCGCAUUUUUGCGUUUCUUAGGAAUGCCUUAG